AUGAAUAUUGUGGAACACGGAUACAACUAUCUGUACCAGGAGAUCCCUCAAUCUACUGCAAGACUCUUCUUUCCAGUCUCCAGUCUAGUCAGUUUGUCUUUGUUGAGCCUCAUCCUCACCUAUCGGUACAUCAAACAUCGACGCCGAACACAAAAAUACAUGACUACCGCCGAUUGCAAACACGAAAAGAACCCUUGGCUCCAAUCUAUCAAUAUGGAAACGGGUGUUCCAGCUUUACAAGACCCACCUCCUUUCUCUGCGUGCGAUAUCCUGCGACCUUUGUCCCAGACGAGUCCCUUCCCAAACAGCGGAACCCUUGCUGCAAUCGCCAUGCAGAGGCAAAACGAGAUAUCAAUAACAACCUCAAAUAACCCGCUGACUGAAACAUCCAUGCCCGAAGCCGGUGCAAUAGUGCAAAAAUGUGACAAGUUGGUCCAGAAAAUGCAUGAGGAGGGUUCCGAAGGGGUGCGCACAUGGAAGAGGGUUAUUGUGGAAUACAGAUAA